GCCUCUUGAUAAGGCUUCAUCCCGCUACCCCUCUGACAUCAGUUUGAUCUAUCCGCUAGCUCGACCAUGGGCACCGCCGCGCUCCUCCACCCUCUGCUCUCUCUUCCCACACCCUCUCCUCGCAUCCCCAAGCCACGCGUUUGCCUGUCCUCUUCAUUCCUCCCAUUCGCCUCCAUCUCUAGGGCUCCUCCGCUGGCGUUUGGUUCUGCAACGAUUCGUCGGUGCAAGGAAUCCAGGGCGGCUGUACCCAAAGCGAGCUCGGAAGAAGAGGGAGCGGUGGGAGAUCUUGAGGCUGGCCCAGAGGAAGAGGGAGCCCCGGGAAACGAGACGGCGGAGGAGAACUCCGAGGAUUCUGAGGCGGAAGCCGAGGAGAAGCCUCCCAGGAGACCGAUAAUUAAGCUCGGGGAUGUAAUGGGGAUUCUGAACAAGAGGGCAAUUGAGGCCUCGGAGAAGGAAAGGCCCGUGCCGGACAUCAGGACCGGCGAUAUCGUAGAGAUUAAACUGGAAGUCCCGGAGAAUAGGCGUCGGGCGUCCAUUUAUAAGGGUAUAGUUAUUUCGAAGCAAAAUGCAGGUAUUCACACCACAAUCCGUAUCAGGAGAAUUAUAGCUGGCGUCGGGGUCGAGAUUGUUUUCCCAGUGUACUCACCUAACAUCAAGGAGAUCAAAGUUGUGAGCCACAGGAAGGUACGAAGGGCAAGGCUGUACUACUUGAGGGACAAGCUUCCCCGUCUUUCAACCUUCAAGUAAAUGGCCAUAACACUGUGUUGCGUUCCAGCUGCAGACUAUAUUACCCAUACCCUUUGGAUGAGGCAGUGUAACUAUCUGCCAUUGUAAAAGGUUACAGAAUCCUAAAUUUCCCAGCUCUUCUUCAAUUCCUUUGGAACUUGAUUUUUGUCAUGUCCUCCGAUGCUGCAUUCUAGGCUUUUAAUGUUCAGCACCAAAGAAUGGAGAAUCUGAUCGUACUGAUACACUUGUAUUUCCAAUUUGUUUGUCUCUUGUUUAUCAUUACUAUUAUGUUGGUUGUGAAA